UCUCGCUCUGGCGCUGUCCAUUUUUUUCAGCUGCAUCAAGGGCGGCGGCUGGGCUGGGCAUGCAUUCUGGCCUUCCAUCCGCCAUCUGCCCCCGCCGUCUGCGAAACUCCCAUCCAUGCCACCGCUGGAGAUUAACUCCAGGCCCCAUCGCCCCAUGGCGACGGUCUGUUGUUUCCAAUGCAAGACCCUGCUCGAGUUUUCGGUCCCAGCCCCGUCCUCGUCUUCGACUUCGUUCGCCGUUGUCUGCCACAGCUGCCAGGCCAAGACCACCGUCCAGGCCUCCACCGUCAAGGUUCUGUAUACACCUCUGGCUGAGGACAAGCGCAAUUCCACCACAGACCAGAACAGAAAGUCCAUGCCGGCAAAGUUCGGCGGCAAGACAGGCACAGAUGAGAACCCUCUCGAAGCCGAAUACUACGAGCUGCUGGGAGUGUCCACCCAGGCCACGCCGAACGAAAUCAAAAAGGGCUACUACAUGAUGGCCAUGAAGUUCCACCCUGACAAAAACACCGAGGACCCCGAGGCCGAGGAGAAGUUCAAGCGGAUCUCGGAGGCAUACCAAGUUCUAUACGAUCCACAAAAGCGCACCAUCUACAACCAAUACGGCAAGUCCAUGGGUGGCUCCGAGUCGGCCUUUAUGGAUCCAUCUGAGUUCUUCAAGCAACAGUUCGGCGGCGAGAAGUUUGCGGACAUCAUCGGCGAAAUCUCGAUUGCCCGUGAUUUCAAGGAUGCCAUGGCCAACAUGGGUCCCGAUGGCUCGGCGGACGCCUCGGUCCCGACCAUGUCGAUGGAGGAGCGGAACGAGAUCCGGAGCCAGCGAGUCAAAGCUCUCUCAAACAACCUGGUCAACAAGCUGUCGCUCUACACCGAGGCCUUCCCGGUUAUCGACUCGAAAGACAACCAGCCGAUCGGCACCUCCUUCGAGCAGAUCGCCCGCGAGGCCCUCGAGUCCUUCAGGGACCUUGUCAAGAUUGAAGCCGAUGGGCUCAAGACCGAAUCGUACGGCGUCGAGCUUCUUCACGCCAUUGGAUUUACCUACUGCCUAAAGGCCCAACAGCAUUUGGCCAAGAUGGACGUCGAGCACGGCGAUGUAUUUGCCAAGGUCUUUGGCUUUGGCACCCGCAUCCAUGCCAACUUCAAGGAAAAGGCCCACGUCGUCAGCGAGACGGUCGGGACAUUCCAGACGGCGAUGGACCUCCAAAAGAGCUUCCAGAAGCUCCAGGAGAUCGAAAAGAAGACGGACGAGAAGCGCAAAGAGAAGGGCGCUGCCGAGACCGACGCACACGUCUUGACCGAGGAGGAGGCCCAGCUGAAGCUCAAGCUGGAGCGAGAAGCCGCCGACAAGGGAAUGCAGGCCCUCUGGAGAGGCAGCAAGCUCGAGGUCGAAGCGGUCUUGCGCGAAGUCUGCGAUCGGGUUCUGGGCGACGAGACCGUGUCGAAGGAGAUUCGCCGACGGCGCGCGGAGGCCCUGCGAGUCGUCGGCCAGGUCUAUGAGACUGUUCGAUCUGAUGAUGCGCCGGCGGAGGUCAAGGAAUAGGUUUGCCGCCACGACCACCUGUGAGGCCGUGCCGACACUCCGUCACUUCUCUCUCCUGGAAUGAUCUCGAU